CCAGGACUCUAAUUACACUCUUAGUGACCAGACAAUAUUGACCCCUAGGUCUUUAAAUGUCACUUUUCUUCAUUGUUGUUUGUUUUUUUGUUUUGCAUAAUGUACGAUUUCAGUGGCUGGCGCUGAAGGUCAAGCCUCCACCUGCCAUGCCAGCAUCAAGUUCCUGCUGCUCGACUUCUGAUCCAGCUCCCUGCUAAUGGCUUGGGAGCUUUUAGUGGUACAGGGCUAUUGGCACAGAGGCUGCUGAAAACCACUUAGCUCCUCGUCCCUCACUAACUCCCUGCCUAGCCCGUAUCAAUAGGGAUGAAGUGGAUGCGCAAUGUGGAGACCCCAGGGAGGUAAAACGACCAGUAACAUACCACACCAACCUUGAAAAUCCCAGGUGUCUGCAUCUAACCUCAGAGAGCAGCCAUGUGGACUGUGACAUCAGCAAAGCCACAGGCAGGGCUCCCCCUAUGCCCCUGCCCUGGAUAUGUGUUCCAGUUACCAGAAAUAAAACUUCAGUAUUUAAUAUUUGCUCUACUGAGUUUCAGUUUUGCUUUGGACAAUUAUUCCUCCGAUUUUCCUGUCCACUUCUCUUUUUGGAAUGGAAAUGUUUGUAACUCAGAUUUUUUUGCAGGCUCACAACUGGAGAAAUUUGCCUUGAAUCUAAUGUGAGAUUUUGGACUUUGAAAUUUUACUUUAAUGCUGGACUGAGUCAAAACUUUGGGACUUAGGGGUAUGGAAAGGUGCAUAUGUGAGAAGGAUAAGAGUUUCAGGGGGCCAGAGGCAGAAUACUAUGGCUUGAAUAUAUGUCCCCAAAACUCAUGCAGAAGUUUAAGCUUCAAAGUCAUGACUUCAUAGCAUUUAAAGUGUAUUCACCUAAUCUAUUUACCAUGUUUGAAGUUGGAGUCUCUAGGAGAUGGGUGGAUUGGACUGGGUCUUUUAAGAUGAUGUCUCCAUGAUUAAAUCCUGGUGGCUGUUGCCGGCGCCGCGGCUCACUAGGUUAAUCCUCCGCCUUGCAGCGCCGGCACACCAGGUUCUAGUCCCGGUCGGGGCGCCGGAUUCUGUCCCGGUUGCCCCUCUUCCAGGCCAGCUCUCUGCUGUGGCCAGGGAGUGCAGUGGAGGAUGGCCCAAGUCCUUGGGCCCUGCACCCGCAUGGGAGACCAGGAUAAGUACCUGGCUCCUGCCAUUGGAUCAGCGCGGUGCGCCGGCCGCAGCGCGCUAGCCGCGGGGGCCAUUGGAGAGUGAACCAACGGCAAAAGAGACCUUUCUCUCUCUGUGUCUCUCACUGUCCACUCUGCCUGUCAAAAAAAAAAAAAAAAAUCCUGGUGGCUGUAGGAGACACACACAGACACAGACGUGUACUUUCCCUGUCUCUUGUCAUGUGAUGCUCUGUGCUACCUCAAGACUCUGAAAGCAACAAAGUUAUCAUCAGAUGCCAAACCAAAAGGCCUAUUCGAUCUCAUAACAUGAACCAUCAAAAUCCACCUCUUAAUAAAGUCAAUGUCUUGGGAAUUUUGUUGUAGUAACUAAAAACUGACUAAAACAGUCCCUCUGCCUUCUACCCUGAAAAUAUCUAAAAGUAUACCAUAAUUUUGGUAAAAUAUUUUGGAUAAUGUUAAGCCAAAAGCAUUGCAUAGUAUAUGUAUUUGUUACUAACAAGGCACCAAAAGAAAUGUGAAUACUGGACCUCAACUUAUUAUUUAAAUGUAAUCAGGGGCAGGCUGUGUAGCACAGCAGUUGAGACACCACUUGGGAAACUCACAUCCCAUAUCAGAGUGACUGGGUUCAAGGCCUCAAUCUGCUUCUGAUCCGGUUUCCUGCUAACAGACACACUGGAAAACAUCAGGUGAUGACUCAAGUACUUGGGUCCUGCCACCCACAUGGGAGACCCAGAUGGAGUGCCAAGUUCCUGAGUUUGACCUAGCUUAGCCCACGCAGCUUUGGAUAUUUGGGGACAGAACCUGUGAAUGGAAGAUCUUGGUCAAUUUCUCUUUCUCAGUAAUCAAAUGUGAUAUUUAUACCAAUUGCCAACUGAUAGCAUACACUGAGAGCAUGCUAUUGAAAAGAAUUUCUAAGUUGUGAGAAUCAAAAUAGAGUCGCUGUAUCAACCCUAACAAAAAAAUAAAAUCAGGUUAUGAAGAACAUGUAAUAGCCUAAUAGCAACCAUCACAAAAGACUGCCAGAACUACAGCAUUACAACAGAGGCCAGUACAGUCUCACACACAAACUACUUCUCAUUAACAUCCAUCCAGCAGUGCAACCUCAGACAUCACCCUCAUAAUCACGGCCAAAGAUUAUUGUUUCAAAAUGUUCCACAUCAGUCUCCUCAUUUUGGCCUUCAAAAACUUCCCCUUGCCUCAAUGUGUUUGUGCUCAUGUUUACUCUGGAAGAUGUAUUCCUAUGGCAUUGCUCCUUUAUUCCCAGAUAAAUACCAUUAUUCUUUGGAGAAUCUCUCUCUAUAGAUUGGAUGGAUGGAUGGAUGGAUGGAUAGAUGAUAGCUAGACACUGGCCUAAUCUGCUAUAUCCACGGAAUUUAGAUGUUUAUCAUUUAUAAUAUUCCACAUCAUUUUCCUCGAAACCAUGUAACAUCUGAUACAGCAAGUUUCUUAAAAGCCAUCCUGAGGUAUUCACCUGUUGGAACUGCUCUGUAGCAUGUGCACGAAGUAGGAAAGAACGCAGGAGGUGGGAGCGAGGGUUUGUACCUGCAGAGGAUUGGAGAGAGCGUCCCCCGGUCUGAAAGGGCCUCCCUGCACUAUCCUGGGUGUUGCAACUUCACAUUCUCGUUUUAACGAGUACAAAUAGCACACGACAAACACACGUGUCCCUUUUUACGUUUUAAGUUAGCUUGGAGGGUGUUGAAAGCGGUGCCGUGAACCUCUACAUUGGAGAUUUUGUUGUAGUCAACUGUGUAGUAGCGUUUGAGUAGGGAUCAGGAGGGCGUGGACGAGCGUGCAUGUGUUGUUAGCAGAAAAGGGGCACGGCCCAGAGAUCUCAGCAUUGGGGAACUGAAAGCCUUAAAGCCGGCGUCUCUAUCCCUGCAUCCGACCAAGAGCAAGGCCACCGUGGUUUCUAACGGCAGCAACCAAGGCUCCAGGAGGUGACCGCACCGCCACUGCACCACUGUCCGCAGCUGCGCGCCAGGCUCGCGCGGCGGUAUUUACGGCAGCCGAGUUUUGCACGCGCGACGGUACUUACGGUAACAGGGCUGGCCAGGCCGCAAUAUUUACGGUAACGAGAUGCAGCCCGGGCGGCAGUAUUUACUGUAGCGGGGCUGGGGCGGCGGCGGGGUUUACGGUAACGGGGGCCGGGCUCGCCGAGGCCCGUCGGCUCGGUCAGCUCCCGGCGCCAUCAGGUGAUCUCCAGCCCGGGCGACCGCCACCUCCGGCACCCAACGGAAAAUGCAAAAUGGCCCUCGGGGGCAGUGAGGGGCCGUGGCCCUCAGGGGCCCGCCGCAACUCCGCCCCGCGGCCGGCGGACCGCAGCACCACGCCGGGUCCGAGAGCAGCCCCCUCGAGCCCCUCCGCGGGGACCCCGGCCUGAACCCAGCCGCCCUCGGCGCUUCGACCCCCUGUCCGGCGCGUCCCCUACGCCCACAUGGGUCUGUGCUACAGUCUGCGGCCGCUGCUCUUCGGCGGCCCCGAAGAAGCCCCCUGCGAGGCUUCGGAACCGCCCGGGGAGGAUGCGCGGCCGACGCCCGCCCCGGCCCCGGCCCCGGCCCCGGUCCUGGCCCUGGUCCCCGCCCGAGCAUCCGCGCAGGCGGCGGGGGGCGACGCGGCCCGGACCCUGCUCCCUCGGGCAGGCGGUGGGAGCCCGGCGUGCGCGCGGCCCAAAGCGGCCCCGCAGAAGGAGAAGAGGCGGCGCGGGGACCAGCUGAGCGCCGAGGAGCGCGAGGCUGCGCGGGAGGCAAAGAAAGUGAGCCGGGGCAUCGACCGCAUGCUGCGCGAGCAGAAGCGCGACCUGCAACAGACGCACCGGCUGCUGCUGCUGGGGGCUGGUGAGUCCGGGAAAAGCACUAUCGUCAAACAGAUGAGGAUCCUGCACGUCAAUGGAUUCAAUCCCGAGGAAAAGAAACAGAAAAUCCUGGACAUCCGGAAAAAUGUUAAAGACGCGAUUGUGACAAUAGUGUCCGCGAUGAGUACCAUUAUACCCCCAGUUCCACUGGCCAACCCGGAGAACCAGUUUCGAUCAGAUUACAUCAAGAGCAUCGCGCCGAUCACUGAUUUUGAGUAUUCACAGGAAUUCUUUGAUCAUGUGAAGAAGCUCUGGGAUGAUGAAGGAGUGAAGGCAUGCUUUGAGAGGUCAAACGAGUACCAGUUGAUCGACUGCGCGCAAUACUUCCUGGAACGGAUCGACAGCGUCAGCCUGGUUGACUACACGCCCACAGACCAGGACCUCCUCAGAUGCAGGGUUCUGACCUCGGGGAUUUUCGAGACACGAUUCCAAGUGGACAAAGUGAACUUCCAUAUGUUCGAUGUUGGUGGCCAGCGGGAUGAGAGAAGAAAAUGGAUCCAGUGCUUCAAUGACGUCACCGCCAUCAUCUACGUGGCUGCCUGCAGCAGCUACAACAUGGUGAUCCGUGAAGACAACAACACCAACAGGCUGAGGGAGUCCCUGGACCUCUUCGAGAGCAUCUGGAACAACAGAUGGUUACGGACCAUUUCUAUCAUCCUGUUCUUGAACAAACAAGAUAUGCUGGCAGAAAAAGUCUUGGCAGGGAAAUCAAAAAUCGAAGACUAUUUCCCAGAGUACGCAAACUACACUGUUCCUGAAGAUGCAACACCAGAUGCGGGAGAAGACCCCAAAGUGACCCGAGCCAAGUUCUUUAUCCGGGAUCUCUUUUUGAGGAUCAGCACAGCCACGGGCGACGGCAAGCACUACUGCUACCCCCACUUCACCUGCGCCGUGGACACGGAGAACAUCCGCCGCGUGUUCAACGACUGCCGCGACAUCAUCCAGCGGAUGCACCUCAAGCAGUACGAACUCUUGUGAGACCCCGCCCCGCCCCACCGCGCCGCCCCCUGCUCCCUUCUACCCCACGGGUGGAGCGCCCCUGUGGACUGUGUGUCUGUCGCCCCAUGCCACGGUAGGACGUAGUUUUUAGUGUCACCUGGCCACCGUCUGUCCCAUCCUGGUACGUCCCGUGUGUGACCGACCACCAAGCCUCCGGCUACCUCUGUGCCCCCUGACGCCAGGUUUGGUUCCGUAGCUUUCUGUUCUCACUGAGCACAGCCUGCCACAGGUUCCCUGUGGCUCACCGGUUUGUGUCACGGCAAAUGCCCACUAUGACAGGAUUGACACUGCAGUGAAAUCUCCCUGGGCCGGGGCUCCUUGUACUCACUCCCUCAUCCACCGAUCAGCAAGGAGAGUUGGUAGACAAGGAGAAAGCACACAUGAUUGCAAAGUAUGUGUACAGUGCUGUGCACCAUGACUGUCCCAUCACCCUGCGCACACACACACACACACACACACAAGGCUACAGGCUAACAGGUGGCCGGCCCUUCCGAUCCACACCAUCCAGGACUUAGGGUAGACCCCAAGGGAUAGGGUGACAAGAAACCUUUUUCCAUCACACUGACAGUGGCUGCCAGCUUCGGGCAUUUGAAUUAGAGUUACUUGGCAGAAAACCUGAUAGAGUUAGCUGGCAGUUACCUGGUGGGCAGAAGAUCUACCACACUUCCUCCUGCAAAAAUGUGUCCCAUCUAAAAAUAUUUCUCUGUACUUCCACAAAAUUUAGGUGUAGUCUCCUUUCCCUUUUCUUUUCUUUUUGUUGCUGGGUUCUUACAUUGUACAGACCACAAGAUGUAAUAUUCUUUUGUAUCACUACUAAAGAAAAAUCCUUGUAGAUUUCCGUGCCUUGAUUAUGGCUAACCCUGUAAAAAGAAACGUGUUCUUGUUGUGCUCCACAGCUAGUGUCAAUGUUACCUUUAAAAGGCAAUGAAUGAUAGCUGUAGAAUUUAGAGUAUUUUUUAUCAGGUAGUACUUUAUAAAAUCCUCCUUCGUAAGAAAAUGAUAGAAAUGGCACGUCCUGCCGCCACACCCUACCGACAACGGUGUGACGACGCCACAAGCUGCUGCAGCCACCUGCUUGCACUUCUCUGCGCUCAGCUGUACACACCUGAACUCGGCUCAAAGGCAAAACUGUCAUCUCAUCUUCCUUCAGAGAAUCAGGGGUCUUCAGCCCUUUCAGACAAUGUGUUUCUUGAUUGCUUUGCUGGUUCAAGACUUCUUCAGGCCUCCUAGGGGACACAGGGCAGCCAUUGCCUUAGUCAGAGCCUGGGGCACAAGCGCCAUCAGACAAACAUCAGAUAGACACAUGGGUGUCAAUGUGUGCACCUGACCCAGAGGAAGAAGGGCAGUGUCAAUGUACACCCAACAUACAUGGCUGUCCCGCACACAUGUAGGAUUUGCAAAUGCAACCUCAAAAGUUAGG